UUUUCACUACAUCACUACUUCAAUUGUGGAUGCUCGAGUGAGAGAUUUGCAAUUCCCUCUGGGACAUUUAUAAAGCUUUUCUCUCCUCAAAAAUUUCAAAGUUAUUCUCGGUUUCUGGGUAAGCUCGGAAAAGAGAACCUGAACCCCCAUUUUUGAUUUGCCGGAACGAUUCGCCCAGAAGAGUAAAAUAAAAUAAAAACCCUAGAAAACUCGUCUUAUUCUACGUUCUUCCUGGUUCUAGGAGCAAUUAGACGAAAGGGUUGAUGAGGUCUUCGUACUCAAAUAGCUGCUGUAUAGAAAUAUAAUUGUAGUGUAUAGUAGAGAGAGGAGGAAGGUAGUGAAAUGAGUAGGCUAUCUUUUCGGCCCCGUCCAUUGGACAUACACAAGAAGCUUCCAAUUUUGAAGUCCUUUAAAGACUUUGAAGAUGAAGAGAAUCCUUCUUCCAUUACUAGAAAUUCUCAGUUGCUGCGUAUAUCGUCUGUAGAGGUUGACAAUGAGGUGCAGCCCCAAGUGCCUACCAAGAAACUGAUUCCAGAGAUACCAACACCUCAGUAUCUUGUUGUGGAUACAUAUGAAAGGGACUACUCUAGGACUUUUAAUCAGCCUGCUUCAUAUUUACGCGCAAGAGGGGCCCGGGCUGAGCUUGGAGAGUUUGUGGAGUAUGAUCUUGACAAUGACGAUGAUGACUGGCUUUAUGAGUUUAAUCAAGAGACGACGAUUCUCUCACCUGAAAUGCUUGAGAUUAUUAUUUUUAAACUAGAGGUAUUGGAUCAUAAGGCGCGGGAAAGAGCUGGAGUUAUUACUCCUACCCUUGGUUUGCCAGUUCCAGUGCUUUUGCAGUUUGAUGCUGCUAUUGAGGCGCUGCAAUCUUUACCCAUCAAAUAUGGAGUUUUCCAGGCUAUAUACGGUUAUUGGAAAAAUAAGCGUGAAAGAUGGCAGAAGCCUAUUUUGCGGCGUUUACAGCCUCCACCACCAGUCAAUGAUACAAAUCCGUACAAUGUGUUUAGGCCACGGGAGAAAGCUCAUAGACUACACACAAGAAGGAUGCAGCGGAGAGAAAACAGUGCGCAGUCAUUUGAAAAGCUUCGACAAGUCAGGCGCAAUCUUGACCAAGCAAAGACCAUUCUAGAAGCUCUAAUCAAGAGAGAAGAAAAAAAGAGAGAUUUCAUGGCAAGUGAGGUUAGCCUUCAGAGAAUCCAACUUAAAUAUAAGCACGAAACUGAACUCUUAGAAGAUAGUUUGGCUCUGUCUGGGUUGCCACUCUCGACGUCUUACAGAUUUGGCUCAAGCGAAGAUGAAUUCAUGGACUCGGAUGACCCAACCACCACCCAAACACUCUCAAGGCCUUCCUUUACCCCUCAUCCUCGUUUCAACCACUCAAAUCUUGCUCGAGCUCAAGCUGGGAGCAUAAAGCAAGAGGCAAGAAGGCUUGGAUGGCUCCACAAAUUGAACCCUGAUGAGCCAGUAAUGCUGUUCACAAAACCGCUGGUCCCCGAUAAACUGGCUGCUGCGGGAAUCAUCCCUCCAGUGGAUUCAAGAAGCGGAAGAGCUCGAUUUCAAGGAAGAAUUGGUCGAGGGGGUCGGAUUGUAUUUGAUAGAUGGAAUCCUCUAAUGCAAACCCACAUUAACUGUGGCAACAGUUUCUACAUAGCACCAUAACAUCUAUAUACAGUUCAACUAAUUUUCCCUUCAAUUUUUUGUUAAAUAAGUUUCCCCGUUAGUUCCUUUCCCAAUCAGCUAAACUGUUUGUAUCUCUAAAUUUUUUUGUAUUCUUUUGGUUUUCCCGGUUAAUUGAGCAAUCUCGGUCUCCGUUAAUCGGUUUCGAUCUGAAUUUUUGGUCUGGUUAGAGACCACAGAACA